GGUUCCCUCGCACUUGCCUUAUCCUAUUUGCUAUCUACCAUUUCGUUUUUCUUCACUCAAUCAGUGUUCUCAAAUGGCGAACAACAAGGACCAACAAGACCCUCCCUCCGCCAAUGCGAGCCAAGAGCAAGACCCCGAAAACUCCUCCUCCGAUUCCGACUCGGACUCCGACUCGUCGUACGACUCAUACUCCUCAUACGAAGACGAAGACGAGGAUGAGUCGUUCCGCCGUGCUUUUCGGCUCCGAGGAGCCGACGAGGUUCUGGGAGACCCGAGGAAGAACAAUCCAGAGACGAACCUGAAGGAGUUUUCGGAGGCGCUGGAUAGCAAGACGGUGCAGGAGAGUAGUGAAGAACUGGUGCGAGAGCUUUGGGAGGAAGAUAACCGUUACGAUUUCCCCAAAGACCCUGAGGAAUGGACCGAGGAGGACCUGCGAGAGUGUUGGGCCGAUGGGCCCUUGGAAAUUAGUGGGACCGGUUGGGACCCUGUUUGGGCCACCGAUGAAGAUUGGAAAUAUGUGCUGGGUGAGCUUGCCGAAGGAGGAAACCCUCCUAUUGCACCCUUCUAUGUCCCUUUCCGCAAGCACUACCCUCCCAUUCCUGAUAACCAUUUCGACAUUGCCAGCCCCAAGGAUGUUAUUGAGGAAUUGGAUAGGAUCGAGGAGUUUCUCAAAUGGGUUAGCUACGUUUUCGAAGAUGGUAGCACGUAUGAAGGUACUAUUUGGGAUGACUAUGCUCAUGGAAAAGGAGUUUAUGUUUCUGAUGAUGCUCUUGUCAGGUAUGAAGGUGAAUGGUUUCAGAAUGACGUGGAGGGUCAUGGUGUAGUUGAAGUUGAUAUACCUGUUAUAGAACCUGCUCCUGGCUCCAAGCUUGAAGCAAAGAUGCGAGCUCAAGGAAAGAUAAUAGCAAGGGAUUUUAUGUCCCCAGAAGACAGAGAAUGGCUUGAGAAAGAUAUUGAAGAUAUGUAUCAUUUUGCGAAUGGGAGCUAUGAAAUCCCCUUUUAUGAGAAUGAUGAAUGGGUUAGGCAGUUUGGAUCAAAGCCGGAGAAAGGUCGCUAUCGUUACGCUGGUCAGUGGAAGCAUGGACGGAUGCAUGGAUGUGGUGUAUAUGAAGUUAAUGAGCGUAUCAUUUAUGGUAGAUUUUAUUUUGGAGAAGUUGUGGAGGAAGACGAAGAAUGUGAUGAAGAGAUUUCAGCAAUGCAUGCUGGUAUAGCAGAAGUUGCUGCUGCAAAGGCUCGCAUGUUUGUGAACAAGCCAGAUGGAAUGGUUAGAGAACAGAGAGGCCCGUACAGUGAUCCACAGCAUCCUUACUUUUAUGAAGAAGAGGAUGUGUGGAUGGCACCUGGCUUCAUUAACCAGUUUUAUGAAGUCCCUGAUUACUGGAAAACAUAUGUGCAUGAAGUAGAUCAGGAAAGAGAAAUGUGGUUAAACUCUUUUUAUAGAGCUCCUCUUAGGUUACCCAUGCCAGCUGAGCUUGAGUACUGGUGGACUAAAGAGGAAAAUCAUGAGACACCUGAAUUUAUCCUUGUUAACAAGGAACCAGAACCUGAUCCUGAAGAUCCUUCAAAGCUUAUAUACACUGAGAAUCCUCUCAUCCUCCAUACACCAACUGGACAUCUUAUCAAUUAUGUUGAGGAUGAGAAAUAUGGAAUACGUUUAUUUUGGCAGCCACCUUUGGGAAAGGGUGAGGAUGUGGAUCCCGAAAAGGCUGUAUUCCUACCCCUUGGUUAUGAUGAAUUUUUUGGACGAGUAACUAAGGAAAAAAAGGAGGGCAUAUGGAUGCGUAUUAUACUUGCAAUUGAAAAUGCAUGCAAGCCAUGGUUUGAUAAACUAGAAAAAUGGACUGAAGAGCAAAAGAAAAAAACUGAAAUGGAAAUGAAAGUAAUUGAGGAAGAACUUGAACUGGUAGAAGCUGAAUUGUGUCUGGAAGAGGCUAUUGAGGAUUUGGAAGAAUUAUUGCGCAGAAAAGAGAAAGAAGAGGAAAAGAAGGCGAAAAUGGGUUUGCAGGAUGAUGAUGAUGAUGAUAUUCCUUCUGUAACCAAACAAGAUGAAAAAGCUCCUGCAGCAGUGGAAGGGAAAGCUCAAGUUGAGGUGGAAGAGGAAGAGGAAGAGGAAGAGGAUGAGGAAGAUGAGGAUAAUGUUGCACAAUCAAGUUUUGGGUCUGUUGAUCAGGGACAGAGAGCAGAUCAACAGAAGGGAAAACCUGGGAAAUCACCAUUUUCUUCAUCUUCACUUGCAUUUGCUUCUAGCAGCCUUAUCUCUGCUGUUCCAUCCAAGCUGCAACAAUCAUUUUCAUUCUGGAACAUGGGUGGGUCAAAACAGGAGUCGGUUCCAACACCAUGCAUUGCUCACUUCCGUAAUGUGAAAACUGCUGAUUCAGUCACCUUCCGUCCUGUGACUGGCCAGAAGGGUAGGUUGAAGACUGUGGGCAAAACACAUGGGAAAGUCAAGGCAAGAAGCUCAUUAGAUGGGAAAUUUCUUGGGGUGUGCUCUUUGUCUCAGACUCGAUCACGUUUAUUGGUCUCUGCAAAUUCCAGAAGCAACUUAAAGGAGUCAAGAGUGGGUAGUGACAUGUGGUUGCAUGCGGCACCAGAGAGGGAUUUAGACUGCAUACUGUCUUUACAUUCAUCAUUGUACAAUUUUGAAGAACAUAGAGCCACUGUUUGAUGAUCGUAUCUUGCCCAUUUUUUCCGAAAUAAAAUAGGUUCACUUUAAAUUCAUGUUUUGAAGGCCUAUUUGUUGUUUUUGUUGGCCUUUCUGUAUCAAAAAUGAGCAGGCAUGAGAUUUUUUCGAGGGCAGAGGCACAUAGCAAAAAUGAGUACUGUAUUAUGUUAUGUAUGUCGUUCUAAGUCUGAAAAGCAUCUGCUAAUAUAAUUGCUGAAUAUUGUUUG